CUACCGGCUAGCAGUGUGUAGCACCCCGGAAGCAACCAUAUGGUGUGGGUAAGCAAGCCUGCAGAAGUUGAAUUGUGGCACAACGGCACAACCCAAAAGAACAUGAUGAGGUCUCAGCCUUUCAGCAUGGGCGGGCCCCUCCGACUGAUGUUGAUGCUCAUAUGCGCCGCAACUUCGCGUGCCUUCUUGUCGCCGGCUCUUUCUACAAACACCAAGAUGAACACCAGGCACCAGCUCAGCAUGGCUUCAAGUUCCAACCAGCCGGCAGGCUCAAAACAACGAGCUGUCAUUGUGGGAGGAGGACCUGCAGGCGCGCUAAUGGCCCUGUACCUCUCCCAGGAUCGCGGAUUCAAGGUUGAUCUAUUUGAAGCUUUUGACGAGAAUAUAAUCGGGGGCCCGACCGUACGGUCAUGGAACGUUGUGCUGUUUGAUCGCGGCUCCGAUGCCUUGAAAGCAGGCGGUGUGGAUCUGCAGAAAGAGGCGGGCGAGCGAUUGUUAACACUGGCCGGAUCCCUGCGCCAUCACAAGAAAGAGAAGACCUCGAAGUUCUUCUUGGAUUCGUUAAGCAUCUGCCGUGGAGAUUUUGCGAAGGCGUUGCUGAAUAAGGCCAGCAAGGUGCCGAACGUUAACGUCCAUUUCGGAUGUACGUUCUCAAAGGUCGACAUGGAACAGAGGGUCGCCACGUUCGAACGUGGAAAUGGUGACGUCGUGGAAAGCGAAUAUGACAUGCUCAUUGGUGCGGAUGGGGUCAACAGCCGCGUGCGGAAAGAACUUGAGGAAAACGUGCCCGACUUCACCGUCCGACAGCGCGAGGAUCCCAUGGCCUUCAAGACGAUCUUAAUUCCGAUCAUGAAUAUGGAAGGAGCAGACGAGGGUUGGAAGAAGCGCUUUCACGUGACCAACUCGGACAUCGGGUGCAUUAUCGCCCCUCCGCGUUCAGAUGGAAUGCUCACUGCCACGGUGGUUCUACCUAGCGAAGGCAAGACUUCGUUCGAUGCGCUCAUGAAGACGACGCAGGACGUGCGUGACUUCUUCGGACACUACUACCCCAGCGCCUUCGGGCACGAAGGACCAAGCGAAGAGGUUGCUAAGGAGUUCCUUGAGCGACGGACUCAGCAGCUCCGGUCUACCUACUGCUCACGUUUGGCGCAUGGAAGCAUCUUCUUGAUUGGCGAUGCAGCGCAUUCCAUGUGGGCGUCUCUUGGCCAAGGAGUUAACGCAGCCUUGGAGGACUGCCAAGUCUUCGCUCAAGUCUUGGAUUCCGCAACGGAGGGUAAGGCGGUGGGACAAGCGGUCGACGUGCCCAAAGUCCUCGAGGCCUACAACGAGCGGAGGUUCGAGGAUGCCGUAGCCGUGUGCGAACUGAGCGAAGAAGGGAUGGGGGGUGCUAGGUCCAUGCGGCCUGCCUUCGCAGCUCAGCUACUCAUGACGGUUCUCCUCAACAAGACCCUUGGUCUUUUGGCUCCGAAGGUUUUCACACCCCCUUCACUUAUGGCCAUCAGCGGGAACAAGAUGUCGUACGGGGAAAUCUUGCGAGGAGUGAAGAGGGAGGCAACUGUGACCAAAGCACUUUUCGUCGCAGGCGUUGUGUGUGCUGUAGCCGUGGUGGCACGAAAGGUCGUCAUGAGGGUUUAGGUUUUUUCAACUAUUUCAGUAAUUAAGUGGAACAUGACGCAUAUCUGCGUUUCAGAAUAGGCCUAGUCGAAAACCGUACUUGUUGCGGUUGAUGCGGGGUCUUUGGUAUUUUCUCCUUCUUGCAAUAUUUUCAAUUCCGUGUACCCUGCUCUCGUGUUGGCUCCAGUUGAGGAAGUGCGUGCAGCACGAGCGAAGACUAAGACUCGCGUUCUCCAAAGCAUCUAGGCAGCACCAACUCAAGCCACAUCUUCACACAAGCAUCUGAGAGAAUGUUCUGGAUUUGGGGUACAUGGUGGGCGAAGUUGCAAGCUCGUCCACUUACUUAGACACGCCCCCCCAGCUCCCGCCCUGACUGUUUCUUCCGCUUGGCCAAAUCACUGAAAAAGAGCGCCACUGCUGUGCGCCAGAGAUUAUUCUGGUCCUUGUCACGCCGCAAGGUCUGACGUUUAGAAUGGGGCUACAAAACAAACACCCAUCAUACACGCGCAAGGUCUUGCGGCGAUGUCCUUCAUGAAAAGUUACCUGUUAUUUUCAACGACAAAAAAUGUGUUCACUGCGUAUAACCUCUAAAAGCCAAAAGAAAUUCAACACAGGUUACCAUCUCAUGUACUUGGCUAGGUGAACGGCCUCGAGACUUGAACUUCUUACAAAAAGUAAAACACGGGUUUGAUCAAACGUUUGUGCUGCAGCACUGAUGGAAAAAGACAAGUCACCGAACCGCCAUGCGGAUGUAAGGCACUGCUGCACACGCCUUCUUCAUUAUGCCUCGCUGCUGUUGUCGCCUUCCCCGAUAGGGGCGCGAAGCACGGAUUCGAUCCCGUCAGCGAUGCCCGCCAGAACAUCGGAGUCGAAAGAGUCGAGUC